AGUCUUUGGGGAAUAGUCGUAAAGUUGCAGAUUUUUGUUUGUUGGGACAUUCAACUUUUUCCGCUCCAGUAAAUUUUUCCCCGUCUGAAAGAAACUUGAGCAGAGAAUAGCGUUGCGCAAAGUGAAAGGAACAUAACUUUUGGAAUUACUUUUCGGCAACACAAUGGCUAAAGUUUUGGUACUUUUGGUGAUCACUUUGGUUUGCGUGACAGUCAACACCCGGGGUCAAAAUACAUCUGAAAAAAAGCCAGUCGUCGGUGAUAAAUUCGAUGAAAUCGUCGUAACAUCUGAUCUAAAUGUAAGGCGAAAAUCUAAGGAAAAUCGGCAGGGCAAAAAAUUACUAACAAACGUGCAGUCAGAAUCUGCCGGUCCACCAGAAAAACCAUCAGCCCUCACAUCAAGGCUUGAAUCCAGCGACGGAAGUAGAGUAACACUAGAAAAAAGGGAUAAACGUGGUAUCAUCUCACCACAGGAAAGAGCUUUAAAUCAGGAAAUCGCUGGAUACUUGCUGAGAUCUCGAAAAUCUUAAAAUUUUUGCACACAACUUGAGGGCAACCGCACAAAUCCUCACCCCUAUCUGUGAUCACACGUUUCGACUAACCUUUGGACUUCGGUUUUGUAUAAAAAUGAUAAUAAAAAUUCUUCUGUGUCAUAACAAUAA